UUAUCAUCACAUAUUUUUAGAGUAAAAUUAAAUUAUCGUAUCAAGUUUUGAGAAAAGUACGAUAAAUAACAUUGACACGUGCAACUGUGAUGAUCUUUGAAGUCAAAUAAAUAUAAGAAACUUACACCAUGUCGAAAGAAAAGAAAGAGGGCGGUAAGGCCGACACCAGUGCUUUCCUAAAAGAUUUUAUCGCAGGUGGUGUAUCGGCCGCUGUAUCUAAAACUGCAAUGGCGCCCAUGGAGAGGGUGAAGUUAAUAUUGCAAGUGCAACACGUGUCGAAACAGAUAGCCGAGGAUAAAAGAUAUAAAGGAAUUGUUGACGCAUUUAUUCGCAUACCGAAAGAGCAGGGCAUCGGAUCACUUUGGCGAGGAAAUUUAGCGAAUGUUAUUCGAUAUUUUCCCACGCAAGCGUUGAAUUUUGCGUUUAAGGAUGUAUACAAAAAAAUAUUUCUUGAGGGGGUCGACAAAAACACCCAGUUCUGGAAAUAUUUUGCGGGUAACUUAGCCUCUGGUGGUGCUGCAGGCGCGACGUCCUUGUGCUUUGUCUAUCCAUUAGAUUUCGCUCGAACCAGAUUAGCAGCAGACGUCGGCAAAGGCAAAGCGAAAGAAUUUAAUGGCCUAGUUGAUUGUUUAAUGAAAACGUUAAAAACAGAUGGACCUAUGGGCUGGUACAGAGGAUUCGUGGUAUCUGUGCAGGGUAUUAUUAUUUAUCGAGCAACGUAUUUUGGAUUAUUUGAUACUGCUCGAGGAAUGUUGGUAGAUCCGAAAAAUACUUCAAUAUUUUUCACUUGGCUUAUAGCGCAGACAGUAACUACAAUCGCGGGUAUAACAUCAUAUCCUUUGGACACUGUGAGGCGGCGAAUGAUGAUGCAGUCUGGUCGCCCGGUACACGAGCGUCAAUACAAAAGUACUCUGCACUGCUGGGCUACUAUUCUCCGUACAGAAGGACCUGGCGCCUUCUUUAAGGGUGCUUUCUCUAAUGUUUUGAGGGGUGCCGGUGGUGCCUUCGUCUUGGUGUUAUAUGACGAAAUUAAAAAACUUCUAUGAAUCAGUUAUAUGUCAACUUCAAUUUCAUAAUAUUGUUGAGGUAGAAGUCAUGCUAAAUAUCAUAUGUUGAAUAUAGUUGAUUUGUAGAUCGGACGUGGA